GCCCGCCGGGCCGCGCUCGGCGCUGUCCCCGCCUGCCUCCGCCUCCAGCUCCGCCCGGGCGCUGGGAGCGGCGGCAACUUCCCCUCAAGUCCGCCCGGUGGCGGGGGGGAUGAUGCGACCCAGCUGAGCGCGGCCCGAGAGGGGCGGGCGCGCUGAGAACGGGCAGCGUCGGCAGCAGCGGCAGCCCCGCCGCCCUAGUCUGAGUAGCCCGGCAGCCGCCCGCCUCAGCCCCCUGCCCUCCCCCGGUCGGGGCGGGAGCCGCCGCGGCCGUCCCAUGUCCCGCAAGGCCAGCGAUAAUGUGGAGUAUACGCUGCGGAGCCUGAGCAACCUGAUGGGCGAGAAGAGGCGGCGGCAGGCGGACGGGUCCGCCGGCUCGGGCGCGGCGGCGGGCGAGCGGAGCCUCAUCGCCGCCGAGUCCUGCUCCAGCCUCAACAGCGCGGCGUCGGGCGGAGAGCUGGAGCGGGCGGCGCGGCGCCAGUUCCAGCAGGACGAGACCCCCGGCUUCGUCUACGUGGUGUCGGUCUUCUCCGCCCUGGGGGGCUUCCUCUUCGGCUACGACACCGGCGUGGUGUCGGGCGCGCUGCUCCUCCUCAAGAGGGAGCUCAACCUGGACGCGCUCUGGCAGGAGCUGCUCGUCUCCAGCACGGUGGGCGCCGCCGCCCUGUCCGCCCUGGCCGGUGGCGUCUUGAACGGGCUGUGCGGCCGGCGGCCCUGCAUCCUGCUGGCCAGCGGCCUCUUCACGGCGGGGUCCGGCGUGCUGGCCGCCGCCCGCGACAAGGAGACGCUGCUGGCGGGACGCGUGGUGGUGGGGCUGGGCAUCGGUGUGGCAUCUAUGACUGUGCCAGUGUACAUCGCAGAAGUGGCUCCACCACACUUACGAGGCAGAUUAGUCACCAUUAACACUCUCUUCAUCACUGGAGGGCAGUUUUUCGCCAGCGUUGUUGAUGGAAUCUUCAGCUACCUCGCCAAGGAUGGAUGGAGGUACAUGCUGGGCCUGUCAGCUGUACCAGCAGUUAUACAGUUUCUUGGCUUCCUCUUUCUUCCCGAAAGUCCCCGCUGGCUCAUUCAGAAAGGCCAGACCCAGAGGGCGCGGAGGAUUCUGUCUCAAAUGCGUGGCAACCAGGCAAUUGAUGAAGAGUAUGACAGCAUCAAAAACAACAUUGAAGAAGAAGAAAAAGAGGUUGGAGCAGCUGGACCUGUGAUCUGCAGAAUGCUAACAUACCCUCCAACUCGAAGAGCCUUAAUUGUGGGUUGUGGUCUGCAGAUGUUUCAACAACUGUCAGGGAUUAACACCGUCAUGUACUACAGUGCUACCAUUUUGCAGAUGUCAGGAGUGGAAGAUGACAGGCUUGCAAUCUGGCUGGCUGCACUGACAGCAUUUAUAAACUUUGUUUUUACUCUUGUGGGAGUCUGGCUUGUUGAAAGAAUGGGUCGCCGGAAGCUUACACUUGGUAGCUUAACAGGUACUGCUGUAGCACUCAUUAUCCUAGCUUCGGGAUUUUUGCUAUCAGCUCAGGUCUCGCCAAGAAUCACACUUAAUCCAACAGAUCCUUCACAUCAAAACUCUACUUGCACAAAAUACAGUUACUGCAAUGGAUGUAUGUUAGAUCCAGACUGUGGUCUCUGCUACAAAUUGAAUAAGUCAAGUGUUGUUGAGUCCUCAUGCAUUCCUGUUGAUAAACACUCUACAAUGAAAGCAGCUUGGGGCAGGUGUUCAAAUGAAUCCAUAUUCAAAAAGGAAGAUUUAUUUUGGGCAUACAAUUUCUGCCCCACUCCGUACUCUUGGACAGCACUUCUGGGCCUUAUUUUGUAUUUGGUUUUCUUUGCACCUGGGAUGGGUCCUAUGCCCUGGACUGUCAAUUCUGAAAUUUAUCCACUUUGGGCCAGAAGCACAGGAAACGCGUGUUCUUCUGGAGUCAACUGGGUUUUCAAUGUGCUCGUGUCACUGACAUUUCUGCAUACAGCUGAAUACCUGACAUACUAUGGAGCCUUCUUCCUCUACGCAGGCUUUGCUGCCUUGGGACUGGUUUUCAUCUAUGGCUGCCUUCCUGAGACUAAAGGGAAAAAACUGGAGGAAAUUGAAUCUCUGUUUGAAAACAGGCUAUGUACAUGUGGUAUGUCAGAUUCUGAUGAAGGGAGGUACAUCGAGUAUAUUCGGGUGAAGGGAAGUAAUUACCAUCUUUCUGACAAUGAUGCUUCUGAUGUGGAAUAAUUUUCAGCUGCUGAUGUAUUUAAUCAUUUAAAAGCCUUCUGGGGGAAAAGCAGCUCUCUGAUGACCUCACUGCCCUGCUUCUGGUCUGGUUCUCCUUUCUACUGUGUAUUUAAAAAUGCCUUCAUGUUCAAAAAUGCUCCAUUUGGGAGGAAAUUCAAUAUGCUAGCGUUUUCUUGAUAACUGAAAGCAAUGGCUUCCAAAAGAGAUUGAAUUCCACAGUUAUGUGACUUUACCAAGUGUGUGUGACACUGCUCCAUCCCCAGAGGUUUAGUAGGGUGCACUGUACCAGAUGAAUACAGGAGGCUAUGCUAGAUGGUCAGGGGCUGUUCUUAUCUCCAAUGCUGACAAAACCUGAAAUAAUCGAGUGGCUGAUGAGAAAGCAGCUGUUGGAUCCCCAUCCCAUAGGAGCCGAGGAAGAAGCUCUGCUGUGCAGUAUGACAAAGGAUGAAAUGCAUAAGCUGCUGUAACAGUGACCAUUUAAAAGGUUUAACUGAUUGGGAAAAUACAAAUACCUGCUGUAACCAUCAGAGGGACAUUUCCCAAAUUUACCCAAAGAGAGAGAAUUUCCAUUAUUUAUUUGAGCUAGCAAGUAGAGAGCCAUACUUACCUGGAUGGGGGUUCACUAGGGUGGUGUGUGCCUGUGCUACACUGGGUUAUCCACCCACUGCUGCUCCUGAGUACAUGCUGCAGUUGGGAGUUGAUGUUUGUGAGAAAAACUGCCAAAAUUGAUUACUGACAGCAGGACAACAGAGCUCAGUACAUGGCCACAUGUACAAAUGUACUGCUAUAUAUUGCUAGGUACAACAUAGAGGCUUCAGUUAAAAAAAAAAUGUUUGUUUUCCUUUUUAGCAUUUGAACAUAUUUGUUUGUGCCUAGUUUUGAACACAAAAAUACCAUUAGCUAAAAGAAAGAGAAGGAGGGGAGAGGGUUUGUGCUGCUAAAUGCACAUUGGUCAUCCCUCCUUCGCCUUUUGCUUGUGAAUAAUUAUUGCCUUCAGUGUAUCUCCAUAUGUGCCGAGUAAAUGACUCCCAGCACAUUUUUCUUCAAAUUUCCAUAGUCAAUUGGUGUCUUGCUGGAUCUAAAGAGAAAUGUUAGCCAUGGGCAGAAGCCUGCAUCUCAUAUUAAUUGCCUUACCGAAGCAUUGCAAACUUGUCAAGAAAAUGUCAGGCACAAAACUAACUUGGCUGCCUUUAGCAUGGUAAUGAAAAUAUGAAUGGUAUUUUAUUCACCUGCUGUGAUUGCUUGCCUUGGCAAAUUGAAUUUUAUGCAGCUACAUAAAAAUAUUAUUUCUUUUUUCUUUGUCCUGUCCUCACUGCUUUAAGUCUUCAAAGAUAUGAGUUUGAAAGCAUCAACAAUUCAAAUUCUUAUCUUUGAAACAUUUGCUUCAUGAAAGAAUGUGGGAAAAUUCCUCUGCCUGUGGGCUGAUACCCAUUUGUUUGGUAGAAAAUACAUUUAUUUUUUCAUUGUGUAAAGAUUAAAGAAGUCAUCAGGUUCAUUAGCUUUUAUAGAUUUGGUUUGUGGGUUUUUCUUGGGUUGAAAAAUGUUUUUAAUGUUGGGUUGCUAUCAAAACCAAGCCUGGACAUUUGUUACUAAAUUAUUUUUAUCUAAUAACAUGGGGUUUUGUUGUUGUAAAAAGUCUGACAUUAUGUUAUCUAAUCUUCUGUGGGGGGAGUUCUUAUUCUCCGAUUAUUGACCUUCAGGGAUUGGGUGUAUUUUGGUUUUUUUCUUUUUUUCUUUUUUCUUUUUUCUUAAUCAGAGAAAUAUUUUUGGAAAGAAAACAUUUUAAGGAAUCCUCCUGUGACUUGACUGGGGCUAAAAGGGAAAAACAUAGUAGACAGAGGGAAUUUCAAAUGAAUCUUUGCAAAGAGCAGCUCGACCUUGAACGUCCCCUGUGUGGUGAGAGGGCUGGAUUCUCAUGCCUUCCAUCUUGCCUCCCUUUUAAGCGCACAAUAUUUUAAUGCUUGAAAGCACCAGCUGUAGAAAAUGCUGAGAUCUCCAGAUCUACCUAUUGCAAAUGCUGAGGUCCUCAGACCUCCCUACAAAUGCCCCUGCUGUGGGAUGUCUCCCUUUGGCUGUCGCCUCUUUGAAGCCUUCACUGAAGGUGCAGUACCUGAAAUGAGAAAAUUAGCUACUUGGCACAGAGAGAAGAACAAAAUCGGUUCAAAGAGAAAUUAACUUAUUUCUGAAACCAAAAAAUGGUGUUUGAAGGCCCGAAUUGGAAGCAGUUUCGUUACCUAGAGCAGUGUGUGAAUAGGUUUGAAACAGCCAAUCUGUGCUUACACAGUUUAAGUGGUUUAAGUGGGUGUUUUCUGGCUUCUGGGGAUGGGGACUUGGGGUUCUGACAGCCCCAAAAAGCACAAGCCCACAUGCACCUUCACACCUGUGAACAUUCCCUUGCUUGGGGUGUCUGGAGUGGGAGCCAGGUCCCAGCACUGGCCCCGUGUCAGUGCUGACCUCACUUGUGUCCACAGGGAGAGGGAAGGUGCAAGGACUGGGCAGAACUGCAGUGAAAUCACUGGAAAGGUCACUGUCACAGGGUCAGCAGCCUCUUCUGUUUUGCAGGCAGUACUGGGGCUUUUUAGCAGCAGAAGAUCCAUCCUACUCUCUGCCAGCCUUGUUCCAUGGACCUUCCCAAAGGGUGCUCAGUCCCAUACAGCACUGGGCUCAAUUUCUCACACAGGUUCAGUCUUACUGAAAACACUUUUCUGAAGGUUUGUAUCCCCUGUUCUUUCUCCCAAGACACAGCAAUUGAAACAUGUAUUUUGUUCCUCACUGCUGCUGGCCAUGAGGGUACAAGAUACAUUGGCUUCUUUAUUGUCCCUCCCUGUUCUGUGCCUACGGAGAGCGGGAUUUAAGUCUUCCUUUUAGGGUUUCUUCACGCCAAGAAAGCAUUCCAUACCUUACAAACACUGAACCAAGCAUCAUGUGUAUUAAAAAUGAGAUUAGAUCCUUCAAAUUAAUCUUAUGCUGUGGGGUUUUAUUUUUAGAAUCUGUGAACAUUUAGAGUUUAUGAAGAAAAUUAGAAAUAUGUUUCUAUUUUGCAAAUAUUUUUUAUAUUUAUGAGUAUU